UAUUAUUCUUAAGCGUAUUUUUGAAUUCAGUUAUCUAGAUUUAUCCAUCGUAAGUUGUUACUAAUUAUUUAAAUGAAAAAGAAAGCUCAAAUUGGUAGGACCGCAGAAAAAGCACGCUGUUGUAUGUAUCUCUGCUGUGAUAUUCUCUGUCAAUUUUAAAGAUAAACAAGUGGGAUGAAUUCUUCUCCAGAGAAAGCUAAGGCUUCCAAAGAUGCCCAUGCAACUGAAGAUGGUGAAAAGAGCGAUAUGAAAGGCCAAAAACGACCAGCAAAAGAAGUAAAAGAGGAUAUAGCAAACAAAGUUUCUUCUCCAAAUGAUUGGGAACAUGCAGAUCUAGGAGAUGCUGGCAGGAAAAAUAAAUUCCUAAGAUUAAUGGGAGCAGCUAAGAAAGAGCAUCAUGGUAAAAUUGUUAUUGGAGACCAGCCAGAACACAAGCAAACAGGAAAUGUAGACAAAAUUAACUAUGAGUUGGAGCAGCAGUUUCAGCAUGGCAUGGAGCACAAAUUAAAGGGAGGAACAAGGAGGCAUUUAGGACUGGGAUUUCAAAGUGAAGAGGAUGAAACAAAUAAGGAAAAAACUGAAAACAAUGACAGUGAAUCCUCUCAGGGUCCCCCUGAAAACUCUAAGCUUAAAGAAGACUCUGAAAGCAGAAAAACAAAAGAGGCUUCACCAGAAAAAGAUAACUCUUGCAAGGUUGCAGGUUUUGUAAAAGGAAGUUCUUGAAAGUUUCACAUCUCAUUGUGAUUAGAAGGAACAGUGGCAAAGAGCUCCAUUCCUAUGCAUCUUGCUCCAUGUACUAUCGAGAUUGGAUGUAAUUACGAUCAGCAUCAGGUUAUUAUCUUCUUGUACUCUCUUAGGUCUUCAAAUAGUCAUGAAGGGGACUAAUGAGCUUGGCAUAUGAAUAUGGAGACCUACAAUUAUAACUAGGCCUUAGCCAAGAGGGAAGAGUUUUACAUAACUGUAUAUUUCAUCCAAGCUUGAGUUAGAAAAUUAGUAUGAGUCCAUGUUGGAUUUUCCUGGAAUGUGCUGCAUUGAUAAGUAGUUGAUGUUGAACAUUUUAUUGACUACAGUUGUACCGUGAACAGUAAUUUUAGCAAUGUACAGAAAACAUUUUGCUUCAUUUUAAUUUCAAACUGUUGAUUUUUUUACCUGCAAGAUUCAAGGCAUCAAGCUGACGUCAGAUUCUGCUAUUUUGUAACAAUUGCUUUAGUAAUUUACAAUAUGAAAAACGAAAUCUUAAUGGUUAUCUAUUAUUUCUGUUGAUUAGAUUGGAAUAUCAGAAAUACUUCUUUUAGCCUAUAAACAUCAAGGUGUAUGUACUACGUGUAAGUUUGUAUAUAAGGUACUCAUUUACCCCUUUCUUUAAGACCUUAAUAAAUAAAAUUGAAACAUUCUCUGAACUUG